AGAUAUUUUGGGGAUGGAGCGAGGGGAGGAGUAAAAAUAGCCUAGUACUCUACACUGGUUUACAUGUCAGAGAACAUGAGCUGUGAACAGACAGAGGUAAUGAACUUUACAUAGAGCCGGGUCUAUGUCUGUAGUCCAUGAGCUCCCUGUGUGGCCUGCUUCCCUGUGACUUCCUGUUGGAGAGGAAUCUAGGAAAGUUUUCUGUCUUGUCCGCGUGAGGUGCAAAGGACCUUUGCGUGUCUCCAUAUUUAACAAAGUUGAAACUUGAAUACCAUAUAUUCGUCUUUGUCUUCUUGACAGUCCUUGCUGGCGGGAUGAUGGGUCAUGUGUUGUCGUUCGGCCGCUCCCUGGUGAGGAGGAAGGUGGUGGAUCUCAACAGUCUGGAAGACUCCAAGCUGUGCCGCUGCCUGGGUACUGUGGAUCUCAUCGCCCUGGGCGUGGGUAGCACCCUGGGGGCUGGGGUCUAUGUUCUGGCUGGAGAGGUGGCCAAGGGAAACUCAGGCCCCAGCAUUGUGGUCUCCUUCCUCAUCGCUGCCCUGGCCUCUGUCAUGGCGGGCCUCUGCUAUGCUGAGUUUGGAGCCCGUGUGCCCAAGACUGGCUCAGCCUACCUGUACAGCUAUGUAACAGUUGGAGAGCUGUGGGCCUUCAUCACUGGCUGGAACCUCAUCCUCUCCUAUGUGAUAGGCACCUCCAGUGUGGCCAGGGCUUGGAGCGGGACAUUUGAUGAGCUGAUUGGAGGACACAUUGAGAGGUUCUGCAAGACCUACUUCAGCAUGAACUCUCCAGGCCUGGCUCAUUACCCAGACUUCUUUGCAGUCUGUCUCAUUCUACUUCUGUCAGGCCUCCUGUCGUUUGGAGUGAAGGAGUCAGCCUGGGUGAACAAGGUCUUCACUGCUGUCAACGUGCUGGUGCUCUUAUUUGUCAUUGUCUCUGGCUUCGUGAAGGGAGACCCACUCAACUGGAAAAUCUCUGAAGAAACUCUCAUCAAUGUCACCAUUGUUAAACGGAACCUGUCUGUGACUGCUAAUGUGACCAGUGAUUAUGGUGCAGGGGGGUUCAUGCCAUUUGGCUUCAGUGGGACCCUGGCUGGAGCUGCCACCUGCUUCUAUGCCUUUGUCGGAUUUGACUGCAUCGCAACAACAGGUGAGGAGGUAAGGAACCCUCAAAAAGCCAUUCCCAUCGGCAUCGUGGUGUCUCUGACGGUGUGCUUUCUGGCCUACUUCGGUGUGUCUGCUGCCCUCACCCUCAUGAUGCCCUACUACCUACUGGAUGAGAAGAGCCCCUUGCCCAUGGCCUUUGAAUAUGUGGGCUGGGGCCCAGCUAAAUAUCUGGUGGCUGUGGGGUCACUGUGUGCCCUGUCAACCAGUCUGCUGGGUUCCAUUUUCCCUAUGCCACGUGUAAUCUAUGCUAUGGCAGAGGAUGGGGUGCUUUUCAAAGCCUUAGCCCGAAUCAAUCCUAAGACGAAGACCCCGCUUAUUGCCACAAUGAGCUCCGGUGUAGUUGCAGCAAUCAUGGCUUUCCUGUUUGACCUAAAAGCCUUAGUAGACAUGAUGUCUAUUGGAACUCUCCUGGCCUACUCCCUUGUUGCUGCUUGUGUUCUCAUUCUCAGGUACCAGCCGGACCUGCUCUAUGGAAAGCCGGGCUGUAACAGGGAGAAGGAUUGCCUGACAUCACCAGAAGGGGAGUCGGAGCUGACGGAGUCUGAGUCCCACAUCAACAUGCUGAAGGAAGGAGGUUCCACCCUGCAGACGGUGCUCAAACCUCCACUCGUACCCACAGAACAGUCCUCCUCUGUGGUCAACAUGGCGGUCUGCCUCUUAGUGUUGGUGGUGUGUGUGAUCAGUGCUCUGACCACCUACCAUGGAUAUGCCAUCAUUUGCAUGGAGACCUGGAUCCUGUGUUGUCUGGCCCUAUCCCUGGUGGUCUUCAUUGGCUGUGUGGUUCUCAUCUGUCAACAGCCUCAAACCAGCAGGAAGGUCUCCUUCAUGGUUCCACUCAUCCCAUUUCUUCCAAUCCUGAGUAUAUUUGUCAAUGUUUACCUCAUGGUCCAGCUGAGUGGAGACACCUGGAUACGCUUCUCCAUAUGGAUGGCUGUGGGUUUCCUAAUCUACUUUGGCUAUGGAAUGUGGCACAGUGUGGAGCGCCAGCGCAGGCUCCAGGACUCCCUCAGCAGCCGUGCCAAGCAGGAGAAGAAGAACAAGGGUCAAGAGAAGACCAGCCAGUGUUAAAGAAAGAUCAGGGAUCCACACAGACUCUAGAAGGUCACCUGGUGGCCCCUGCCCCAGCCAAGUCACAGACACACUACAUGCACACAGCAGCUAUCCCUAAAUACACUACAGAUGUAGGAUCUUAAUUUGAUCACUCUUUUGUUGCUGAGGAUUUUCCUGAACCGCAGGAAAUGCAGAUGAGCUUCUUGAUUUACAUAAAUUCCCUGAAAACCCACACUAACACAUGGUUAUAUUAACAGUAUUGCACUUUUCAUCUAGCCUAAUUUUGGCCAGCUAAUAAACUAACCACUGAUCAAGCAAUAUUAUGGACUAAACGUUCAAAUCCUGUUGCUGCAGGAUUAUUUUGCUGUGGCAAUACUGGUUAAAUUAAGAUCCUACAUCUGUUUAUACAGCUACAUGCCAUCUGUGCCUCAGUCACAUGCCAUUCUCCCAGUGGAGCUGCAGUAUACUGUAUUAAUGGUCAUGUGCCUUGGAGCAGUGAGGUGGGCUCAUUAUCAAAUCAAAUCGAUGUCCGUCUCCAUGACGAUGUGACCAAGUAGGAAAGGCUGAUUGGUCAGAAAGGUGUGGAAGCAUCUCCAACAGUCAACAAGAAGAGACAGAAGACAGGAAAUGACAGGUUUUGCAUUUCCUACUACAAUUACAGUCAUGGACUAACUGUGGAAAGGUAUGGUAUUUGGUUUUGGCCUAACUUUCUAUGUCUUUUUCUGUAAAUCAGCUUAUUCAGGAAGUUUGCUAUUGGAAUCUAUUGUCUUCGUGUAGAAAGGUCAGUAGGUCACACUAUCCUAAUAUUAAUACCCUGUUAGCGAAGCACAGACAAUUUUCUAAUCUUGCUGAAAAAACUAACUCUAAAACUAACUCUAUCCAGGAUUAAUGACAUGUACACUAAACCAUUCAUUUGCUUCUAAAUAGUGGCCACAUUCUGAAUGUACAUUCUGUACAAACGUAAGCAGACAUACUAACAUGCACACACAGAAUAUUCAUUUCAUUCUUGGCAUAUAUAUGCACAUGCAUCAUUUUAUGUGUGCAUAUCAAUUUAUUACAAUCACAAAUAUGAUAUAACUGUUGGUGAAUGGUAUUUCUGAAAUGUUCAUCUGAUGUGUGUUUUCCAUAAUGGUACUAAUGAUUAAGUUUGUGCUCUAUUUGACUUCUUGUCUUAAUGUUCUUGCAACAGGUGUUGUUGGUGGUCUAAUCGAACACAAGUUGAACUAGUCUUUAUAAAUGUUCUAUUCUGAUUACUUGGAUGUGUUGCCGUCAUAAUCGUUUUUACAAUCGUGUCGUGAAGAUUGUAUGAAAUGGAAGUGGAGUGAAUAAGAGAAUUGCUUGUUCGGUGUUUGAUAUCACAUUCCGUACAAAAGACCGUUUCUGCAUUGCUUUAUUUUUUGUGUGCAAGUGUUACAUAUCUUACUAAGUCCUUUGGGAGAUUUUUUGUCUGUUAUUGCUAGACGGUGGACUGGACUGUCUUGAAAUUUGCCAUUUCAUGACAAAAUAUGCUCUACAGGCCACCUUGAGUCGCCCUUCUCAUUUGAUGCUAGUCCCUUCACUGUUUUCUGAAUAGUUUCUUAGCAUCAUAUAUAAGAUGUGCCGUACAUGUUUUGCAGGAUAAUAUCCCAGGGAAAGUGACAGUUAAUGACAUUAUUCAACAGAUUUAAGUUAAACUGGUCUUUCAGUGUUUAAAUGGUCCAUGCUUUUUUGCAUUAAUAUUCUACUCCAAGUCGGAGCUUGAUCAGUAUUUAAAGGUUCUCCUCCCCUCUCCUCCUCUCGUUUUGUGUCCCAAAAGUUUAUUAUGUCUACUUUGUAACUCUACCUUGGUUUCACAACCAAUUUAUGGUGUUUGAUAUGGAUGAGCAGUGAGAGAGAUAUUGCUUUUUAACAUUCUUCUCUUGGAGUAGCAGAGACAAAAAUCAUGUAAUUUUUCCCAAAUUCCCAGGUUUUCCAGAAAUGCCUGUUGAUAGAUUCCUGGAAUCAAGGGGGAAUAAGCAGGACAUCCUCCAAUUAGGAUUUCUGAAAUACCUAGGAGUUUUGGGGAAGUUACCAGAUUUUUACAACCCUAGUUAGGGAAGUAUUUUAGGGUGUUCAGUUGCAGUUAAUCCACUGAUAGAGCUCUUAAAUCUGUGGUAUGAUGAUGAUCUCAGAGUUCCACCUUAACCUCUGGUAUUGAGACCUGUGGUAUGAUGAUGAUCUCAGAGUUCCACCUUAACCUCUGGUAUUGAGACCUGUGGUAUGAUGAUGAUCUCAGAGUUCCACCUUAACCUCUGGUAUUGAGACCUGUGGUAUGAUGAUGAUCUCAGAGUUCCACCUUAACCUCCGGUAUUGAGACCUGUGGUAUGAUGAUGAUCUCAGAGUUCCACCUUAACCUCCGGUAUUGAGACCUGUGGUAUGAUGAUGAUCUCAGAGUUCCAUCUUAACCUCCGGUAUUGAGACCUGUGGUAUGAUGAUGAUCUCAGAGUUCCAUCUUAACCUCCGGUAUUGAGACCUGUGGUAUGAUGAUGAUCUCAGAGUUCCACCUUAACCUCCGGUAUUGAGACCUGUGGUAUGAUGAUGAUCUCAGAGUUCCACCUUAACCUCUGGUAUUGAGACCUGUGGUAUGAUGAUGAUCUCAGAGUUCCACCUUAACCUCUGGUAUUGAGACCUGUGGUAUGAUGAUGAUCUCAGAGUUCCAUCUUAACCUCUGGUAUUGAGACCUGUGGUAUGAUGAUGAUCUCAGAGUUCCACCUUAACCUCUGGUAUUGAGACCUGUGGUAUGAUGAUGAUCUCAGAGUUCCACCUUAACCUCUGGUAUUGAGACCUGUGGUAUGAUGAUGAUCUCAGAGUUCCACCUUAACCUCUGGUAUUGUGACCUGUGGUAUGACGAUGAUCUCAGAGUUCCACCUUAACCUCUGGUAUUGAGACCUGUGGUAUGAUGAUGAUCUCAGAGUUCCACCUUAACCUCUGGUAUUGAGACCUGUGGUAUGAUGAUGAUCUCAGAGUUCCACCUUAACCUCUGGUAUUGAGACCUGUGGUAUGAUGAUGAUCUCAGAGUUCAACCUUAACCUCUGGUAUUGAGACCUGUGGUAUGACGAUGAUCUCAGAGUUCCACCUUAACCUCUGGUAUUGAGACCUGUGGUAUGAUGAUGAUCUCAGAGUUCAACCUUAACCUCUGGCAUUGAGACCUGUGGUAUGAUGAUGAUCUCAGAGUUCCACCUUAACCUCCGGUAUUGAGACCUGUGGUAUGAUGAUGAUCUCAGAGUUCAACCUCAACCUCCGGUAUUGAGAAUUCCUGAACAAUCUUAGUUUAGAUGAUUUUGAUGUACAUUUUGAUUUGAUCUUCUUGAAAGAUAAGUGGCUGAGGUUAUGCUAUAUCAUGUCAUGAUAAUUUACUGCAAAAGCAUUAUUAUUAUUAUUAUUAUUUUUUUUACAUUUGAUUUCACUUGAUCGAUUUAAGUUGAGUUAGGCUAAUUAAACGUGGAACAAAAGAGCAGAGCACAUUAUGUCCCAGGGGACCUAGAUCAGGGUUCAGGCAUAUGUAGCUAGUGUUGUAGCUUAUAAAUAUAUCAACAGAAUGAUCCUCUGUAAAUGUACCCGUUAUGUAGUGACAUGGUUUUCCAUUGUUUAUACUAACUGUACUAUUGUCAAUAAAUGUAUUUUUUAAUAAGAUCAGUUUAUGCAAGAGUGUAUUCUGUGAGUGUUCUGCACAUUGUCAGACAUUGCAGUAAGUGAGGCGAGGAUAUAUAACUGCUUGUCUGUCUGUUGUAAAUGGUUGGUAUUAAUAAUUUGUAAUAAAAACCUAAUUGGUUUAGAA